CAUGCCAUGUCUAUGGUCACUAAAUUUUCAUAUGCGAAGGCUUUGAUAUCGUUGACAUUGCAAUAAUAGGCAUGGAAAACUACAGCGUAAAGUUGGAUCCGGAGACUCAGCUGUGCUGCACGCUGUAUAUGUUUACCGAUGUCACGAAUAUCGCCGAGAUACGCGAGAAAGUCGUGAGUCGUUCGCUUCGUUGUUGCGCGGCGAAGGCUUCUCUCAUGGUGGACGCUCUGCAAGCGGUGGUGGCUGCCAAUAAAGCCACCCUGAACGCCGAGCGAAAUUGUCUGACGACCAAAGAUGUGUACACGGAGAUACUGUUUUGCCUGUCGAUGUCCAAGAACAUAUCGCGCUCUUUGCAAGAGUUCGGUGUCAGCGACAGUGACAAGAAUAUCGUAGUGAUAAUCGUGCACAAGCUCGGCGAGGAGCAGACUGUAUCGGCGGACGUUUUGAAGAACGUCAAAGGUGAGCGAGUAAUCGUUUCCAGGAUGCGAGAGUUCGCCGAUGUAAAUCUUGUGAAGAGAAUCUACAAAGUCGACGAGGACGAACUGUGCGUUUCUGAUCUGACCGAUGCCGUUGUCUCGAGGAUCGCUUGCAAGGAUUUCAUGUUAGUGAAAUAAAGACUGAGAAAUAAAAGAAAAUAUCUUUAAUAAAUAAUUAAUUAAAUAAAAAAAAAAAAAUAUAUAUAUAUAUUCAAGGCCAUAAUUGUUAUUGAGAUGAGAAAUGUUUGAUACAUGUGUAAUUUAAGUGCAUAUAGAAUGUAUUUAUAUGACCAAUAAGCAAUUUAUAUACUUACAUUUCCCUCUUAUCGAUUAAUUAUCAUAUUUUCGUUUAUGAUGUUUGUUUUUCUCUCUCUCUCUCUCUCUUUCUCUUGACCUUUCCUACA